UUGUCGAAUGUAAUUGGUAGGAUUGAGGUCGUUAUAAAUACAAGUCAACGGGAAGGAAGGAGUAAUACUCAAGGACUAAGGUCGUUAUAAAUAUGUAGUUCUACUUUCCCAGAUUAAUUCAUUCAUAGAUUCAUAGAGUUUUCCAUCCCAACAAGCUUAAAACUUAUUUCGUACAUUCUUUCAAGUCACCAACAUGAAGCAAAAGAUACUAGUGAAGGUGCAAAUGCACUGUGACAAAUGCAGAACCAAGGCCUUGAAGAUUGCAGCAGCUGCAUACGGUGUGAGCAAAGUGUCAUUAGAAGGAGAAAACAAAGAUCAUCUGGAGGUGACAGGAGAUGGAGUUGACUCCGUUCGCUUGACGGGGUUGUUAAGGAAGAAGGUCGGCUUCGCCGCCAUAGUCCAAAUUGAACAAGUGAAAGCCGGUAAUGCGGAUGAUGGUGAAAACCCAAUUACUAUUGAAUACACGUCAUCAGCAAGCUAUUAUUGCACUCCGCAAUGUCCUCCAAUGUACUAUGAAGUGGUUCGUGAAUAUCCACAACCAACUUGCUCCAUUAUGUAAUUGUCCUUUGACACACACACACACAUGUAUGUAUG